CUACAAAGUACAAAGAGGAUUUAGCAAAAUAAUAUAAAUACUAAUGUUUUAAGUUUCUGAUAUUAUGUUUCAAUCAAUUAGGACAAUAAAUAAUAACAUCAAGUGUAGCAUACAUAUUAAUAAUUUAAAUUUUAUUUUUCUGAGAAAUGUUUGCCGAGCGCAGAGUUCGAACAGCGCAAAAAAGAAAACCGCUAGUUCUGUGUUUCGUACUAUGAAUAUAUUUGAUCGAAAAGCGAAAAUGUUACAAAAGGAACGUUCUGCGCAACGAGAGGACUAUAAUUUAUAUGAAUACAUAAAAGAAGAGAUAGGAUGGAGAACUGCUGACAAAAUUUUUGACAUAAAAAGAGUUUUUAAGAAUGCAGUAGAACUAGGUGCAGGAAGAGGUUAUGUUUCUAGACAUUUUCUACCCGACAGUGUAGAGAAAGUAACGUUAUGUGACUCUUCACAGACGCAUCUAGACAAAGCAAUUGUAGGAGAUGGUGUACAAGUAGAAAAAAUAGCAGUAGAUGAAGAAAACUUUGAUUUUGCAGAUGAUAGUGUUGACUUGUUUGUAUCAUCGCUAGCCCUACACUGGGUCAAUGACCUGCCUGGAUGCUUUGACAAAGUCAUGAAAUGCUUGAAGCCAGACGGUGUAUUUGUAGCUUGUGUGUUUGGUGGAGACACAUUAAUGGAAUUAAGACAAGCAAUACAGUUAGCCGAGACAGAGCGGAUGGGCGGAGUCUACCCACACAUAUCACCAUUCACUAGAGUUAGAGAUAUAGGAGGGCUGCUUAAUGCGUUCACCCUGCAGACUGUGGACGUGGACACCCUAACAGUGUGGUACCCGUCCGCCUGGCACGUGAUGCGGGAUGUCCGAGCGCUGGGAGAAGCCAACGCCGCGCUCAACCGGCCGCUGCGCCUCGCCCGCGAAGUGCAGUUCGCCGCCGCCGCCAUCUACGACGAGAUGUACGGCAAGGACGUGCCAGAACAGAACUCCCGCGGUGUGCCGGCCACAUACCAGGUGAUCAACUUCCUGGGUUGGAAGCCGGACCCCUCGCAGCCCGCACCCAUGGAGCGAGGCACGGGCGAGGUCUCCCUGAAGGACCUGCACAAGAUAGACGAGAUCAUCAAAGACACCAAAGUCAUAGAACUCACAGAAGACGAUAAGAAAUAAAUUAUUUUGUGUUACAAGUUA